GGAGCCUAGAGUACGCUGAAAAGUUUGGAAACGAAAGUUCAAAGCGGGAACCAAAGUAACAGCGGAGGAAAAAAAAAAAAAAAAAAAGAAAAAGCCGUGAAGAGAGGACGGGUGAUGCGGCACCCCCGCCCGCCCGUGCCCCAUGCCGGAUGAUAAGAGCCGGCCGGCCUGCGUCUAGACCGGGACAUGUAACUUGUGCUCCGCUCGUCCACUGCUCGUACACUUGUGGAGGAUGGAGGCGGCGGCGGCCGACAGAGGAGACGGGGACCCCAAGUGCCAGGUGGCAAGAGAGGAGCAGGGCAGGAGGCGGAGGAAGAAGAAGCGGAGGAAAAGUAAGGAAAACAAGACGAGGAGCGUCCGCUCCAACCUGCUCUACCAGGCGACCGGCAAGGCGGCGGCGGAGAACCCCAACCGGCACUAUGCGGGCAACUCCAUCAAGACCACCAAGUACACGGCGCUCUCCUUCCUGCCCAAGAACCUCUUCGAGCAGUUCCACCGCCUGGCAAAUGUCUACUUCGUGGUCAUCGCCCUGCUCAACUUCGUGCCCGCCGUCAAUGCCUUCAAGCCCGAGCUGGCACUGGCCCCGGUGCUCUUCAUACUGGCAGUCACCGCCAUCAAGGACCUGUGGGAGGAUUACCGCCGGUACCGCUCCGACAAGGAGAUCAACCAUAUGGACUGCCUGGUCUACUGUAGGAAUGAGAGGAAAUAUGUGGAAAGAUUCUGGAAAGAAGUGCAAGUUGGUGACUUUAUACAGCUGCGCUGCAAUGAGAUCAUCCCUGCUGACAUACUGCUACUCUCAUCCAGUGAUCCAGAUGGGCUCUGUCACAUAGAAACUGCUAAUCUGGAUGGAGAAACCAACCUCAAACAGAGACAAGUAGUAAAGCAAUUUUCAGAGCUGGAAUCCGAGUUUGAUCCUAUGAAGUUUAACAGUGUCAUUGAAUGUGAGAAACCAAAUAAUGAUCUAAGCAGAUUUCGCGGUUACAUUGUCCAUAAAAAUAGUAAGAAAUCUGGUCUUUACAAGGAGAAUAUUCUGUUACGAGGAUGUACUCUUAGAAAUACUGAAGUUGUUUCCGGAAUAGUUGUCUAUGCAGGCCAUGAGACCAAAGCAUUGUUAAACAACAACGGACCUCGAUAUAAACGUAGCAAGCUUGAAAGACAGAUGAAUACAGAUGUCUUUUGGUGUGUGCUAAUACUCCUAGUUAUGUGUCUGCUUUCAGCCAUUGGUCAUGCACUCUGGGUAUGGCAGUAUGGAGAAAAGAGACCAGUGUUUGAUGUCCUCGGCAGGGAUGGGAAUUAUGUCAAGCCGCUUCUUUCUGCAGUAUAUUUAUUUUUCACCAUGAUCAUUGUUUUACAGGUCCUUAUUCCAGUUUCUCUUUAUGUUUCCAUUGAAAUUGUUAAAAUCUGCCAAGUGUAUUUCAUUCAUCAAGAUAAGGACUUAUAUGAUGAAGAAACCGACUCUCUUCUUCAGUGUCGCGCUUUAAAUAUUACUGAAGAUUUGGGCCAGAUACAGUAUAUCUUCUCAGACAAAACUGGAACUCUAACUGAGAAUAAAAUGGUAUUCAGAAGAUGCACAGUCUCAGGAAUAGAGUAUUCUCAUGAUGCUAAUGCUAAGCGUUUAGCAGCCUAUCAGGAAGUAGAUUCUGAAGAAGAGGAAAAUGUUCCAAAAUCAGGGACACUUUCACGGCGGGACAGCAGUGGCAGUCACCACAGUGGUAAAGUGGUCCAUAGGAAUCAAAGUACCAAGACACACCGACGUACAGGGAGCAGAGCUGAAGCUAUGAAAGCUAGCAUCCUCUCCAAGCACACUGCCUUUAGUAGUCCCAUGGAAAAAGAUAUUACCCCUGACCCAAAGCUCCUGGAAAAAGUCAAUGAUUGUACAAAAGCCUUAAAAGUAGUCCGAACCAAUGAAGAUCUCUCUUUCCAGUUGUCUGCAGAACUGAAGGAUGUAUUUGACUUUUUUGUUGCCUUGACUAUAUGCAACACGGUAGUUGUAACUGCUCCAAAUCAACCAAGGCAAAAGGUGAGAGUUCGAUUUGAACUAAAAUCUCCAGUGAAAACCAUUGAAGACUUCAUCCGGAGAUUUACACCCAGCAGACUUACUUCUGGAUCAAAUAGCAGCAGUUCAUCGAGUCUUACUGCUAGCAAAUCUAUGCAAAGAGUUGGGUCAAGUAUCUUGGCGUCAACCUCAACAGAGGGCAAUUUUAUCAAGCUGGAAGGAAAACCGUCCUGCUCUCCACAAAUCAAUUUCAGUGGCCGGACUUCCCAACAGGGCAGUACAAUAACAGAGGAUGGACAUGAAGGAGAAUUGCGCUAUGAAGCAGAGAGUCCUGAUGAAGCUGCACUAGUAUAUGCUGCCAGGGCAUAUCAUUUUUCUUUAGUUGGUAGGUUGUCUGACCAAGUUACGGUUGAAUUGCCUCAUCUGGGGAGAUUAAACUUUGAACUCUUACACACUCUGGGGUUUGACUCCACAAGGAAAAGGAUGUCUGUUGUGGUAAGACAUCCGAUUACAGAUGAGAUUGUUGUUUACACUAAAGGAGCCGACUCCGUCAUUCUGGAUCUCAUUGAGCCAAGUUCUAAAGAGAGCUCUGUGGGAAAGUACCAAAGACGAAUUCACGCCAAAACUGAAAACUACUUGAACUGUUAUGCGGUUGAUGGAUUACGUACUUUGUGUAUAGCAAAACGAGUUCUCAGUAAGGAGGAGUAUGCCUGUUGGUUGAAAUUUCAUUUACAGGCAGAAUCCUCAUUAGAGAAUCGUGAAGAGCUACUGUUUCAAUCUGCGGUUCGCCUGGAGACCAAUCUGCAUUUGCUGGGUGCUACAGGAAUAGAAGACCGCUUACAAGAAGGAGUUCCAGAAACAAUUACAAGACUACGCAAAGCUGGACUGCAAAUCUGGGUUCUGACUGGAGAUAAGCAGGAAACUGCUGUAAACAUUGGGUAUUCCUGCAAGCUUCUGGAUCACGAUGAUGAUCUCAUCACUUUGAAUGCAGAAUCUAUGGAAGCCUGUGCUGCUUUGCUUGACCAGUGUUUGCACUAUGUGGAGUCCAAGAUUCCAAAGGACUCAAAGGAACGAUCUGUUUGGAAUGCUGACUUGGGUUUUGCGGACGGGACUACAUCUGCUAAGUGCCCAAACCUUGGACUUGUUAUUGAUGGCAAAACACUAGCCUUUGCACUAGACACAAGCCAGUCAGACAAAUUUAUCUCAUUGGCUCAAAAAUGCCGCUCUGUGCUCUGCUGUCGCUCUACACCUCUCCAGAAGAGCAUGGUAGUGAAGCUUGUUCGAGACAAGCUCAAAGCUAUGACUUUAGCAAUUGGUGAUGGAACCAAUGAUGUCAGCAUGAUUCAGGUAGCAGAUGUUGGAGUUGGGAUAUCUGGUCAGGAAGGGAUGCAGGCAAUGAUGGCCAGUGAUUUUGCUGUUCCAAGGUUCAGAUACUUGGAGAAGCUGCUGCUUGUUCAUGGCCGGUGGUGUUAUUCUCGACUUGCAAAUAUGGUUCUAUAUUUCUUCUACAAAAAUGCUAUGUUUGUGGCCCUCCUGUUUUGGUACCAAUUUUAUUGUGGUUUCUCAGGAUCGGCAAUGAUUGACCAGUGGUAUCUUAUCUUUUUCAAUUUACUCUUUUCAUCCAUUCCACAACUGGUUACUGGAAUUCUUGAUAAAGACUUACCAGCAGAAAUGUUGAUUGCAGUUCCGGAGUUGUAUAGAAGUGGACAGACUAUGGAGGAGUACAAGCCUCAUAUGUUUUGGCGCAACAUGAUUGAUGCCUUCUAUCAGAGUCUUAUAUGUUUCUUCAUCCCAUAUUUUACAUUCUAUGACUCGGAUAUUGAUGUGUUUACAUGGGGCACUCCAAUAGUCACAUCUGCUCUUUUCACCAUUAUGCUGCACCUGGGUAUUGAGACCAAAACUUGGACCUGGAUCAAUGUGUCUUCCAUUGCCUUCAGUAUUCUCCUAUUUUUUACUGUGGCUUUGAUUUACAAUUCCGCCUGUCCAACAUGCAACCCUCCUUCAAACCCAUAUUGGAAUAUGCAGAAACUCCUCGCCAACCCUUUGUUUUAUUUAAUUUGCAUCUUGUCACCCAUCGCUGCUUUGUUACCGAGGUUUUUAUACAAGUCUGUCCAAGGGACAAUUUUUCCAACGCAAGUGCAGAUUGGGCGCCAGGUAAUAAAAGCACAUCCAGAAUGCCUAUCUCAUGCCAAUAAACAGAUUAUCACCUCAUCUGUUCCAGAAAGACAAAUCAAUGCCACCUUGUCAACUAUAAGUGACCUCCAUUUAGUUAGGAACCAAACAGAAGCAAACUUGGAUCAGGAGAGAGGGAUUCAAGUUUUGUACUUCCCUAACCAAGAAGAGAAAGUGCCAACAGAGGGUGUUGUAUGUUCCAAUCCAUCACCUUCCUUUUCUGUGAAGGAAAAUGACCAAUCGCUUACAAGUUUCCAGCCAUACACUCUUGACUCAUCUAUGGCAUCACAAGCUAUGUAUAUGGAUGAAAUGAUCUGGUGGAAUUCAAAGAUGGACCAGUCAGACAGUGGUUUGAUGAGCUGGAUAACAUCUACUCCUUUAUUAAAGGACUCUGAUAGACCAAAGCAAAUAUCUGCUGUUCAUGAAGCAUCAAAAGAUUCUUCUAUGUUGCCAUCAGAUUUAUCUAUUUCGAAAGAUUUAAAAGUAAGCUUACAAUGCAAUACCAGUUUUCUUCCAGAGAGAAUAAUUAGGAACACAGGGAAUGGAGAAGUGCAAGAGACAACAUUUUUAUAGAUGAAUGUGUGUAUGCGUUUGUGUGUAUGUGUGUGUGUGUGUGUGUGUGUGUAUAUAUAUAUAUAUAUAUAUAUAUAUAUAUAUAUAUUAUACUGUAGAUAUAUAUAUUUGAGACACUAUUUAUAUUUUCUACUUUGCACAGUAUUUUUUAGGCAACUUACCUGGUUUCAGAACCUGAAGCAGGUGAUGAGCGGUACAGAACAGUCUUCUGUUUUAUGUAAAUAACCUGUUACGAAAUUGUG